AUGCUGCUGAAGUGGCUGUGGGAUUUGGUCCAUGUAGGGAGGCCAGAGCUGGACAGUGGUGUCCUGGCACUGGAAAUGUAUCAUGGAAUGGUUUGGGUGGGAAGGCACCUUAAAGUUCAUCGAGUUCCAACCUGCCACGGGCAGGGACACUCUCCACUAGACCAGGUUGCUCCAAGCCCAGCCCUACCCGGCCCAGCAGCUCCGCGUGGGGCUCAAGAGACAGGAGGCCAGCUGGGGGUACAGAUGCACCACCGAGGCUGGAGCUCGGCUCAUCCGGUCCCCAGCCGCUCCGCGCCUCGGCACCUCUGGCCUGCCUCCAGCCCGUCCCGCGAUGCAGGCCCCACUGAGGGCAGAGGAAGGCCGGUGGUGGCCCACGGCGGGGCCUGUCCCCUUCCCUACCGGCGGGUCCGGGCCGGGGACCGGGCCCUGGCCGAGGAGGACGCCGCUUUCCCCUGGGCGAGGUUGCGGAACGAAUGCGAGGGGACGAAGGAGCGGGCGGAUCACAGCGAGGGGCGGUAUUUGGGCGGUGCACGGGGGCCUCUUCUUUCGCGGCUUCACCCGCGGCCCUCGGAGGCUGUCUUGAGGACUGGGCUCCAGUCGUUGGUGCUGGGCCCUGCCAGGGUGAAGCUCGACCCCGGGAGCCCACAUGCUGCUGCUGGCCGGAGGUGGCCCGGAACCUCCGGCAUGGAGCAGGGUCCCCAGCGCACUUUCCAAGAGAAGCUGCAGUGGUGCAUUUCACAGCUGGAGGCAAAUCUUCGCCUCAGCCCAACCCCCAAACAAGCAGAGGAGACCCAGUGCAUUCUCAAGGUCCUGCGCUCCCGUGACACCCCUUUUGCAAAUAAGCAAGAAGUGAUGAACCACGUGUUUGAGGAUUAUCACCUCAAGAUGGCUGACGAUCAGAUGUACAUGGGCAAAGCAGACAUGAAACCUGUUGAUGUGGAAGUACAGCAGAGCAGUGGACAGGCUUCAGAUAGUGUGGUGCAUGGAGAACAAUGUGACCAAAUCUCCAAGGCAAAGCCAAAGUGGUUUAUGUCACCUGACAACAGCUUCCGAUUUGAUUUUACACUUUCUGACAGCGACCCAGAAGCAACUGGCACACCUCUGGAAACAGUCCCUGAUGUCAGUGGUGAUGAGCAGAUACAAACCAGUGUUGGAGCCACUGAGCAGAACUGGAAUGGAGCCUCGAGUUUUGCUGCCUCUGGACAAGAACCCAAGUUUGCUUUCAACUUUUUCAUCACUGAUGAAGACUGUCCUCUGAGUCAGUUAGUACCAGCAAGCCAACAGACAGACUGUACAGCAGGUCAUGAGGUGCUGGGUAAUUCUCUGCUUGAUGAAUCAGCAGGUAUGCCACAGUUUGCAGCCUUGCAGAAGCCUGAAUUGACUCAAACUACAGGUAGUUCACCCAAAGAGGAUAGAAGCCAUGUCACAUUAAAGAUCCCCCAGUCAGAGACUGCUCCUGGAGAUGAGCCAGUGGCAGAGAAAUCAGCAGAUGGAGGUGCCCAGAAGAAAAAGAAGAAACAAAAAACAUCUGUCAGUAAAAAGGAGAUAAAGGAAACUGAGAUCAACAGGAAGACAAAGGCAGAAGCUAGCAGAUGUCAAAAUGCAGGUACUUCCUACCAGGAUGAGACCUCUCAGCAGUCUGGGGACCAGCUGUGGAAGGAGGUGGACUGGUGUGUGGAACAGCUGGAACUUGGCCUGAACACACAGAAAUCUACUCCAAAGCAGGUCAACGAGGCUCUCCAUGCAAUCAAGACAUUGCGCAGUGACAAGGCUCCGCUGGUGAAGAAGCGUCAACUCAUGAGAGCCAUGUUUGGAGACUACAGGAAGAAGAUGGAGGAGGAGCUGUGCAAAGAGCUGAAGCUCAUGGAAGCAACUGUGAAAUCUGCCAGAGUUGUGAAAGUGAAGAGAAACAUCUGCAAGAAGAAAGGCCAGUUCAUCCGGAAGUGCUCAGAAGCUUGCAGGAAAAGCCAAGAUUCAGAAGGAUGCCUUUCAGAGUCACCCGGGACACUUAACACAGGCCCAUUCAAAUUCACACCUUCCCAAGAAGAGUUUCGCUUUAAUUUCUUGUAGGAAAGUCUAAAACUGUGGCUGAAAGCUUUGCCAUAUAUUCUGUAAACCUAAGAAUGGUGGAAAGAUGCUGUGCAGUAGGAAACGUUACCCAAAAAACUCAGUCUUUUCUAAAGUAAGGUUCCUCUUUCAGAAGAAGGUUAAGUUUCUGUGAAGAUUCAGCACAGAAGCAUCCAGCUAUAAUGAAUGGAUAGUUGGAUGCUUCCACUCCAUGUGAGUCAAUGCAGCCUCUGGUAUCCAGAAAGCCCUGGGCAGUGUGUGUCAUCACUGCCACCUAGAGUAGGAGUUCAGGGUCUUGGAGGAAAAUGAGUGAGAAUUGUCCUUGCUUGUUCAUCUAUUCAGUUGAACAGGUAUAGACUUCGAAGGCAAUUGCAAAUGCUGCUUUAAUCUAGCGUAGGGAGGGAAGGACAGUUGUUUCCAGACAGGGAUAGAUUUUUGUUGCUGAAGCCAUAUACUGGCCAGCUGGGAAGGCUCUUAAAAAACAAGUUUACUGGGUAAGUAGCCUGGUUACAAUCACCAGUGACUCAGAGGCUGAAUCAGCUGCAUGCCAAAGCUUGGGUGGUGGUGAAAUGAACUGAGAAAGCUCACUGACUCUUCUGCGUUGGAUUUGUAUUAAUUUUUUGCUACCUGAACAGUUGAAUGUGUCUCUCCACACAGUGGAGUUUCAGUGUUUCAAUACUACAACCCAUCUCCUGUUUAUGCAGAAAAUCUUCCUCUUUAAGCUUAAAAAAGCUGAAGGAACAGAAGUCCUACACAGUCCUGGUAUCAGGUGUCCCUGGGUGCAGUGCUCUCCUUCCUUUUUAUAGUCCAGUCAUCCUGCCUGAGAGACAAGAAAAGAGAGUGUAGGCAGGUUCCAGGGUGUACUGUGAGCAGCUGAGAUGGUGGAAAACGUUUGCUAGGAAAGGCUUCAAAAAACCUGAUGUUGGCUAAAAAAAAAAAAAAAAAAAAAACAAAAAACUAAGCUCUGAUACAGUUGGUUCCAUGUGUAAUAUUUUUGUGUGUGCUUUAAAGAAUGCUUGUCUAACAUAAGGAGAAACUGAACGUGGGUAACAUACGUGACGAGGAAAAAUAUGCAGAGAAAACUUUUAAGUCUUCUGGAAAUCAGUAGGUGAGCAAAUUAAUUCUUUUGCUUGCCGAGGAGCACUGCUGGGACUUUGACUGUGUGGAGCAACACUAUACUGUAUUUUUUUUUUUUUAUUUC